AUGGGAUUUAGCUGUGGCCAUUUAAAACUGUUGGAUUUUUCACUUAGGUUGUUUCUAAUUCCAUUUAAUGUUGGGUCUAUAUGGAUUGCUGUCACCAGCAAGCAGGAUAACAGUGACUAUGGCAAAUUGGAGUUCAGCAAUCUCAUUGGACUCAAGUAUAUGGUCUGCAUCAGUGCAAUUUGUGCUGGAUAUGCCUUAUUUGCAGCUGUGUCUUUAUAUCUCAGAUGCUUGCUCACUAAAGCAUGGCUUUUCUUUGUUACUGAUCAGGUAUUAGCGUACUUAAUGGUGACAUCAAUGGCUGCACUGGUGGAGUUUCUUUACUUGGCUUACAAUGGCGAUCUGUUGGUUUCUUGGAGUCGAGCUUGUGGUUCAUUCGGUAGCUUUUGCAGCAGAUUGAAAGUGGCACUGGCUCUGCACGUGAUUGCCGUUUGCUGUGUCCUUGCUUUGGCCGUGAUAUCUGCUUACAGGCUCUUCAGGAGGUUCGACCCUCCUUAUAACACUUGUAAAGAGCCUGAGCAGCAAAGGGCCUCAGAGUUUUGA